AUAAAACUCAUUCUUUUUAUCUGUGCUCUUAUUAAAUGGUUCAUGAAAGUUUAUAUUUAAUCAACCUGCAAUUGUUGCAUUGGUUUGUACUUAGAGGAAAAUGGAUUAACUUUAUUCUCUAAUGGAGUACAUAGGUUCUGGGACCUUAACUGGAGUGACUCGGGAAGUUCAGGAACAAGGGGACAAUUCGACACGAUUGAAGGAACGAGCUUGGAGGUAGUAGUGGAAAAUGAAGAACAGGUAGAGCUCUCAUUCACAAGAAUGUGGGACUCCUCGGUCCAGGGCAAGCAGGCCCCCUUAUAUAUAGACAGAAGGUUUGUAAUGCUUCGUGGUUCCUCGGGAUUUUACUCCUACGCGAUUUUCGAACACUUAGAGGAUAUGCCUGCAUUCAACCUUAACACAACCAGGAUUGCCUUUAUGCUCAGGAAAGACAAGUUUCAUUACAUGGCCGUAGCGGAUAAUAGACAACGGUUCAUGCCUGAUCCAGACGACCGGUUACCGGAAAGAGGCCAAGCACUGGCAUACCCCGAGGCAGUCCUUCUUGUCAAUCCAAUAGAGCCAGAAUUCAAAGGAGAGGUGGAUGACAAGUACCAGUACUCCAGUGAGAACAAAGAUAACCGGGUUCACGGGUGGAUAUGCUUUGACCCGCCCUUGGGGUUCUGGCAAAUCACACCUAGCAAUGAAUUCCGAACUGGAGGACCCAUCAAACAGGACCUAACCUCCCAUGUGAACCCAACCACCCUUGCUAUAUUUGUCACUUCUCAUUACGCGGGCAUGGAUCUUGUAGUAAAAUUUGAAACCGGGGAGAUAUGGAAGAAAGUUUUGGGCCCGGUCUUUAGCUAUCUCAAUUCCGUACCAGAUGAAGCCGAUGCCCUAUCGCUAUGGGAUGAUGCCAAAGAACAGAUGAACAAAGAAGUCCAAUCCUGGCCAUACAGCUUCCCAGCAUCAGAAGAAUUCCCAAGGUCUGAUCAGAGAGGCACAGUUUGGGGUAGAUUGCUUGUACAAGACAGGUGUAUUAGUGAGGAACAGAUACCAGCGAAAGGUGCAUAUGUGGGGUUGGCGCCUCCCGGGGAUCUUGGAUCAUGGCAAAGAGAAUGCAAGGGCUACCAAUUUUGGACCACGGCAGAUGAAGGUGGCCAUUUUGUCAUUAAGAAUAUACGAGCUGGAAACUAUAAUCUUUAUGCAUUUGUGCCGGGAUUUAUCGGGGACUAUCGAUAUACUACUGCAAUUAAUAUAACCUCAGGUUGUCAUACUAAGGUGGGAGAUCUUGUAUAUGAGCCUCCAAGAGAUGGUCCAACACUUUGGGAAAUUGGCAUUCCCGACCGUUCUGCGGCAGAAUUUUAUGUUCCUGAUCUUAAUCCGAAUUAUAUCAACAAGCUCUAUAUGAACCAUCCUGAUAGGUUUAGACAGUAUGGAUUGUGGGAAAGAUAUGCAGAUUUAUAUCCUGACGAAGAUUUGGUUUACGAAGUUGGCAGAAGUGACUAUAAAAAUGAUUGGUUUUUUGCUCAGGUUACCAGGAAAGCUGGUAAUAACACAUAUAAAAGUACUACCUGGCAAAUCAAGUUCAAAGUUGAAAACGUAAAACAUACUAAAAUCUAUAAAUUGCGGUUAGCGCUUGCGUCUGCACAUCGUUCUGAAUUACAGGUUCGGAUUAAUGAUCGAGAAGCGGACCCUCCUCUAUUUUCAAGUGGAGUAAUUGGAUGGGAUAACGCAAUUGCAAGGCAUGGGAUUCAUGGGCUUUACUGGCUGUUCAAUGUGGACAUAACUGGUUCUCAACUUGUGGGAGGCGAUAUUAAUACCAUAUUCUUGACACAAGCAAAGAGCACUAGCCCUUUCCAAGGGAUUAUGUAUGACUAUAUUCGUUUGGAAGGUCCCUCUUCUUCUUAAGGAAAAAAACCCUUCAAUGUGUGUCCUUAAAGAUCUUUAUGGAACUGUAGGCUUCAGUUGAUCGAAAUUGCCCACAAGAUUAUGAUUUCUUCCUGUUUGAUUUAUGCUUGUAAUUUGCCAAGAAACCCUUGUUUUUUUUCAAUGGC